AUGACUGCCACAAGAAAUCCACCCCAGGCAUCCAGGGGUAUACUAUUUGCAUGCAAACCUGCAUAUUUGGUAGUUCUGGGUUUCAUAAUUGUGGCUGUUGCUAUCAAUAUUGUGGUUUAUAAAAUCAGUGAAACGGAUAUGAAAGUGACAGUCAAAUAUAAAACAUGCAAACAUGAUAAUGGAUUGGAAGUGCAAUCAUCGAUUGGUCGUAUGUUGGAUGACGUUCUUUCAGAUGCAUUUAAUAUGCAUAAUAAGGAGGAUCAAAUGCAAUAUUUUUCUAAAGGCAAACUCACAUCUAUGGGAAUGACUUCACCUAGGAAAUCUAGAUUUUGGUUGGUCAGCAAUGCGGAUGAAGUUGUCCAUGUUGUUAUUGAAGCAUAUGAUUCAAAGGGAAUCAAACGACAAGUUGGAGGUGAUUUCUUUUUUGCCGUGAUGUUCAAUCAAGCCAAAGCAAGUACAGCAGGUAGAAUUAUUGAUUACCAGAAUGGGACAUACAGUGUGUACUUUUAUGAAGCUUGGAAGGGAGAGGCAAUGAUUGACAUAACGUUGGUGCAUACACGCGAAGCUGUUACUUGGCUGAAGACAUUCUAUCUCCCUCAAGAACAGUGUAUAAAUUGGUUCGGUACAUUCAAAGAUGACACAUCGAAAGAGAUCACAUCAUGUUAUAUCUCCAGUAAAAUUAUAUGGGAGAACAAGUGUGAGUUCAGUAACAGUAACUUGGGAGAAUCGGUAUUUUUAUGCGAGAAACCUAAAAAUCUUUCCUGUGAAACACUAGAGUUGAUAAAAUAUAACCGUGAUUCCCUUGGAUACUACGCCAAUCUAAGUAUUUCACAGUAUAACACUAAAUACUUGUUUGAAAGCCCGUAUCUGAUGACUAAACUAGCAUCAAGCCCAUUGAAGGCUAUAAUUAAAGGAGAUACAAAUAGCUUGAUCGAAAACCUUCCGCCUUGCAAUGCUGAGUUUCCUGUUAGUAUUUCUGAUGGUUUCUGGAUUAAUGGAAGUAUAUGGCAAUCGCUCGUUUGUAAAAGCAGGCAUUUUACAAUGGAAGAAGCACUUGAUUGUCUGCGUGGGAAAGAUGUGUACUUUUUUGGUGAUUCAACUCUUCGAUUAUGGCAUGACUCCUUUAUUAAUGUCGGAGAUAUGAAUAUGACAGUGUCUAGAGAUGGUGCACAUCGUCUAUUGACCAGUCAUGAUUAUAAUUUAACAAUUUUGUUCCAAUUCCAUGCAAUUAGGAUUGGUUCAAGUAAUGGCGAUUUUAAAAAUCAACGAUUUGAAUCUGGUGUGAUUGACAGCCUACGUUCAUGUUACGUCGUAGUCGUCUUGAGUUUAACUUAUCACUUUGGCCCGUGGACAACAAAGUCAUUCACAGAACGACUUCUCCAUACACGAAAUGCCGUUGAGCGGUUACUGUCUAGAUGCCCUGGAACUAUAGUUGUCAUCAAGAGUUCCCAUCCUAGAGAUCACAAUUCACGGGAGGGCUACGUUCACAGUAGUGACUGGACAUUAUUUGAGAUGAAUUCUAUUACGCGAAAACUGUUCACUGGUAUUGGUGUGCGAUUUCUUGAUGUCUAUGACAUGUCACUUUCACAUUAUACGAACAACCAUGUUCAUAUGCAGGCGAUAGUACCGCAACAAGUUGAUUUGUUUCUUUCAUAUGUAUGUCCAUAUUAA